AACUGCAGUAUAAAAAUCGAGGAUAACUGUGUCAACUUUUCAAAGUCGAGGAAGAGUUCAAUAAGUGUAAAGCAAAUAUUCUUAUCAGAAGUUACUAUGUCUCGAUGCCUAGUAGUUUCUCUGCUUGUUGUCAUGAUUCUUGGUAUUUAUUCAAUCCAAGACUCAACUGCCGAAUCAGAAUGUCCAGAAAAUCAACAAGAACACGUAUGUGGAACACUAUGCGAGCCAACCUGCAGUAAUCCACAACCAAAUCGCAAGUUUUGCCCUCGAAUCGUAUGCAAUAGAGCCACUAGCGGCUGCAGAUGUGUAAAGGGCACUGUUAGAGACACAAACAGUUCACAAUGUGUGCCACUUGAUCAGUGUUCGUAAUAAACACACGCAUUAUUUGUAAUUGAUUCCAAAUGAUCAACUCCAUUUUUAUAUAAAGUUAUUAACUUCACAUUAUCAAGGCAUAGAAUUAGUAUAAGAAUUUUCAGAAAAGAAAUGCUAUUUUCAUAAAUGUAUCGUCUUAUAAUUUAUGAGUAGGUAGCAUAAACAAUUGAAUUCCAAGGUGAAUAAAAUACAAAUUUUAUGUAUUUUAAAUUA